CCACUCGACUCUCGCUGCACGACAACGUCAUCAAUUUGGGCACCAGGCGUGUCCAUUUAGCUUUCCCAACAGACAGAGACGGAAAAAACGAUUGUCAUCAUAAGCUUAGCUGUUGCUAAGGACAGCGCGUGUGAAAAGAAACUAGAAGACAUUGUAACAUUUGUGGUGUCUAGGCUAUUCAUUGUUUUUGACAAGGAUAUCAACUGUAGCCCAUCAACUUGUCGAUUCGAGAACUCUUGGAAAAUGCUACAAUCUCUAACUAGCAAUUCGUGUGUGCGAUUGAUCGAAAGUCACAAAUCGACAUGGUAUUUUUUGUUUUUAGUCCUGGGCUAUAUUCUGUAUCUUAUAUUCGGAGCUGUUGUCUUCUCCUCGGUGGAACUGCCUUAUGAAGACCUUCUACGCCAGGAGCUCCGAACCAUCAAAAAACAGUUCCUCCAAGAAAACCAAUGUCUGUCGGAAGAACGCCUCGAGGAGUUUUUGGAGAAGGCGCUCGAGGCCAGUAACUAUGGAGUGUCCAUUCUCAACAACGCAUCGGCAAAUUGGAAUUGGGACUUCACCUCCUCGCUGUUUUUCGCCAGUACUGUAUUGUCUACCACAGGAUAUGGCCACACCGCUCCACUCUCCGAUGGAGGCAAAGCCUUCUGUAUUGUCUACUCUGUGAUCGGCAUCCCCUUCACCCUCCUCUUCCUCACCGCCGUGGUCCAACGCAUCAUGGUCUUCAGCACGCGCCGUCCAGUCAUGUACGUGUCGACCCGCUGGGGCCUGUCCAAGCCUCUCGUAGCCGUGGUCCACGCCACGCUCCUCGCCAUCCUGGCUGCUUCCUGUUUCUUCCUCAUCCCGGCGGCCAUUUUCUCCUCCCUAGAGGAGAACUGGAACUUCCUGGAGAGCAUCUACUUCUGUUUUAUAUCACUAAGUACCAUCGGACUGGGAGAUUACGUACCAGGGGAGUCCUUCAACCAGAGGUUCAGACAGCUCUAUAAAGUCGGAAUAACUGUCUACCUCCUCCUGGGCCUGGUUGUGAUGCUGGUUGUCUUGGAGACCUUCUGUGAGCUGCAGCAGCUGAAGACCCUGAGGAAGAUGUUCUAUCUGAAGAAGGAGAAACCACAGGACCGCCUGGCAAUACUGGAGCACGACCAUCUGUCCUUCACCUCCGUGUCCCACCAGACCAACUCCACCUCGCUCAAGGGGGACAAGACUAAGGACGUACCCUCCGUUAGUGUCCCUGUGCUGGCCUCGCCUGGUGGAGAUGACCCCAUGAUCAACUAGAGGGGGGGGAAAUAGUUAAAAAUGUUGCGGUGAAAUAGGCAGGAAACUAGAGAAGGAAAAGGAGAGUACUGAAGGGGGGAUGGUGAAACCAAGUUUGCAUCCCAUUUUGCUAUCCUUCUUUUGAAGUGUACACUGCCUAUCAUGAAUUUUCUAGGAGAAACUUUACCGUUAGCUGAAACUCUCUCCCCAGUGAAUGCUUACACCUAUUCAAUGUUUUUUAAUGAAAAGGCUAGAGAAUUGGGAUGCAACCUAUGGGAGGGUGAUACAGAGGACUCUCGUAGAAGGAUAUUUGUGACUACAUUAUAACUUAAGCUUCAGCAUAAGGAUGCAUUUUAAAAACAAAAGCUCAACUUCAAACCAUUGUUAGUAAUGUUGAAAUUGAACGAUUGUCUUUUAGCCCUUUACCAUCCAUGAGAAACUUAACUAUCACUCUCUUAAUGAUGAAAAAUGAGCCUAUUGUGCUAUACUGCAUUAACAAGAUCUGUAUUCACUGACAUAGGAAAAACUUAAUAUAGCCUUCAUAUGUAUAACUGAUGUACGCUGGUUAACUUAAUGAUAAGGGAAACGCCUGCUUUAGCUUUGUUCAUUGUCAAAGUCCUCGCUCAGAACAGCCAUGCUAUCAGCUGUUCUCAUGGAUGGAAUAACAUUAAGCACAUACUGUAUCUAUAAUGCAUUAUGAACUCGCUCAUCGCAAGUUAUAAGGCAGUCGUAAUACAUAAGCACAGAUAUGGGCUUCAUAGAACUGACUUGACAAUAGCACAUUAGGGAACCUUAAAUGGGACAUCCACCUUGUAAAAUGUAACUGAAUAUCACAUUGUGCCGUAAUGUCUGUAUACCUUAAGUACUAUUUUACAGGAGUUUAAUGGAACGCAUGUAUUCAGGUUAACUGUAUCAGGUAUACAACAGUAGCACAUUUCAUUGUUGUAAAUGCUCUGUGUAUUAAUUACAGUAAGACUUGUUUGAUGCUAGUUUAAAGUACAACUUGCAAUGUUAUUUUAAGGUAGUUAAAUGUGUCAUGUCUCGCGCUGUACUGUGUAUUUUUCAUGUUGAUUCGUCUAAAAGAAAGGGAUUUACUGUGUAAUAUGGUUUAUUGAACGUUCGUGACAAUUAUGAAAGCUUUUUUUAAACUUUAAAGGGGGAACAAGAAUGAGGCAGACCCCAAGUAGGGUACGCUGCUAGAAGAAAUGCUGCUAUUUAAAACAAAAAAGGUUCAGUUGCUCAUAUCAUGUCCCUAAAAAAGAUUAUGUAUAGAACCACAAAGCACCCUUCAUUAUUUUUUUGCAGUGUAUUUUCAUAAAAUAUUUGAACACAGCAGGUUACUGUUCAUCUUAUGUGACACCACUCGGAAAUGGGAAAUUACUGGGUUGAAUAUUUUGUAUGAAAAUAAUUGGUUCUGGAAAGUACAAAAGUAAUUUCCCGUACCUCAGAUUUAAAGCUGCAAUAUGGAACGUUUUGGGCGACCUGACCAAAUUCACAUAUAAAUAAGUUAUAGAUCUUUAAUUGAAAGCAAGUCUAAGAAGAAUUGUUCUAUGUGUGCUAUUUCUAUGCUUCCUGUUAAGUUUAGUUUUACUUUUGGAUUUGUAUACCAGCUGCUUAUAGCUGAAAAUAAACAUUUUGGUUAUGGAAAUGAUACAUAAUUUCACAGUGGUUUAGAUGGUACAAUGAUUCUCUUCACUAUACUUGCUUGUUUUGUCACCAUAUAAACUGAAAUUAGGUGUACUGUCUGAAUUUUGCCAACAAAGAAAUGGGGGAUCGAUUUCUGCAUAGUGCAUCUUUAAGUGAGAGGACAAAGAGGGUUAACAACUGAAUUCAUAAGUAAUGUUAGUAGGCUGGCAGUUUGUAUAAAACUUCAGGACUGCUUUGUGACACAAGACAUUAUUUGAUACUGGAAAUUUCUAUUUAAAGAUGAGAAUAUGAACUGUUUUUGAACCAAAUUUAAAAAGAGUCUAGUAUUUUUGGAGGAUGUAAAGUGGAGUGUUUACAAAUGUGUAUUUAUGAUUUAUGCAGAUGAUGAUUUCAAGUGAAGGUACUCCAUGAGAGUCAUUGUGAGAGAAACUUGAAGAUAGGAAACACUGAUUGACAGACAGGACUGCUUUACAGUGCAAUGCAGUCAAAACUCAAACUGAUUUUCAAUAGCUGCAUAAUGAGUUAUCUGACAUAUAUUGUCCAAAGAUCUACAAAAAAUGUACUAUAUUAACAUUUAAGUUAAGAUGUACAUCAAGGAACAUUAAUUUAUUUGCUUGUACAUAUUUUUUCUGACUUGAUGUCAUUCUGUAUUUGGAAGUAAUUUGCUUGUAGCCUACAGUACAAGCUGAUUUGCUUGUGUACAUACUGGUAAUAUUAUUUAUACAUAUUUAGGAUCUUAAUUUGAUUACCCUUUUGUUUCAGAGAAUUUGAAGAUGAGCUUUGUGAUUUACAUAAAUUCGCUGAAAACCCACACUAACACGUGGUUAUAUUAACAGUAUUGCACUUUUUAUGUAGCCUACUUUUAGCCAGCUAAUAGCCUAACCACCGAUCAAGCAACAUUAUGGACUAAACGUUCAAAUCCUGUUGCUGCAGGAUUAUUUUGCUGUGACAAUAUAGAUCAAAUUAAGAUCCUACAUAUGUAGGACAGACUAGCCUAUAUCAUACACUACUCAAUCAUACUAUAUGAGUACCUUUUUCAGAUGGGACAGACUUAUUUUAUAGCACCAAAUCCUACCUGAUUGUAUUGUACCAGACAAGAAACUGCUGUCCAUUCUUGAGAAUGUAGACGUUUCAUUUUCAACAUAUGGUUGUGUUGUGCAGAAUUAUGUUUUCUAGAUCAUCUAAGAACGUUUCAGGGUUUUUGUUUUGACUGUAGUUCUUUCCACAAAACUCUUCUACAUCGCACAAUGACAGAAUGAGUAGAAGCCUUUAACAUUGUCAAGAAUGUUUUGUUUUGAAUACCAGUUUAGCAAACAGAGGAAUUGCAUGUAAUCGUGUUGGUACUUUUGUUAGUUGGCCAAAAGGGAGAAUGACAAUCUCCCCCUGGCUAAGGGGACUUGACAGUUGCAGUGAUAUUUUUACUGUUAUAAAUAUUUUGUCUGAAAUGCAUUGGUCUAUUCUUUAAAUGAUUUAUAUAUAUGCCACAUUGGUCUUAUAGCACACAAAACUGUCGACGUCCUUGUCAAUCCUUGUCAGUGUUAUUGUGUGGUGCAUGCGCUAUUUCAGUCGCCUGUGUAUCUGUGCAAUAACAACAACUGUAUAUUAUUGUGCUCUGUCUAGUUUCUCAUAGAAAUAAAUGCAGAUUUAGACUCCCAUAA